AGGUGUGGUAAUGCAUCACGUGCUCACUUUCAAGAUGGCGGUGAGGGAGAGUAAUCAAAAUUUUUAAUUGUUACGUUCAAGCUUGCUUCUAAUGAGUUUGAGGGACUACUCCGAAAUAAAUACUCAUAAUACUUGACCCCUCCCAUCUCCUCUUCUGUUUUCAUGGCUACUGGGGGUCGUGUGAAGCUAUAUUGUUUCAAUGAGAGUCUGAAAUGGAAUGAUAUGGGGACUGGUCGGAUCAGUUUGAUGUAUCUCGAGAGACUCCAGGGACUAGCCAUUAUCAUACGCUCGGAAGCUGAUGGCUCACUGCUGUUAGAGUCGAGAGUUACCCAGGACAAAAACUACCAGAAACAAGAGGAAACUCUGAUCGUGUGGACGGAAGAGAUUCAAGAAAGUAAUGGAGACUUGGCCAUUAGUUUUCAAGACAUGAAAGACUGCGAUGACAUCUGGUUAAAAUUAUGUGAAUAUCAAGGUAAAGAUCCCAUCGAAUGUUCCCAAGAGUUUUCCGAAGAUGGCGAAAUAUCGGAUCAACUAGCCGACACGUCGGCUACAAUCGAGCUCCCUCCUUGUGAACUGAGUAAACUCGAGGAGAUAUACAGCAUUGUUACGAGCGCUCUCUCGGCCCCCGUCCCUCGUGAAGAACUAUCCUUAGUACUAGAGAGAGACAAUUACGUUCAGAAGCUCCUCGAUUUGUUUAAAGUCUGCGAGGACUUGGAAAACUACGACGGUCUACACUUGCUCUAUAACAUCUUCAGGACGCUGUUCCUUCUUAACAAAGUCGCCAUCCUCUCUGUAAUGUUUCUUCCCUCUAACAUUAUGAAUGUCAUUGGGGUCCUGGAGUACGAUCCGGGCAAGCCCCAGCCCGUCCCUCACCGGAAAUACCUUGAGCAGACCUCAAAGUACAAGGAUGUCAUUUCCAUUGGGAACUCUGAGAUAACAGAGAAGAUUCACUUGACGUAUAAAAUGUGCUACAUCCAAGAGGUCAUCCUUCCCACUCCGUCUCUCUUUGAGGAGAACAUGAUGUCCGCCUUCAACUCUCUUGUUCUUUAUAACAAGAGUGACAUUGUGAAUUCUAUCCAGGAUAACGGACGGUUGCUCUAUGAAUUGCUAUCAAAUCUCAAGUCUGAAUCAAUAGCUAUAGAGAAAUAUAGAGAAUACGCUUUAUUUCUUCGCGAGUUAUGCAAUUUUGCUCAAUCUCUCGAGAUGGAAAGUGGCACUAAAUUCUAUCACAGACUCUGUGCUUUUGAGCUCAUGCCAGCCCUUGAGCACAUGUUGUCAUGUGAAGUAGAGGAUGUUGUGGGCGUGGCUGUCGAUAUCAUUAAUCAAAUUAGCGAAUACAAUACUUCGAUACUUAGAGAUCAUAUUCUCAAACAAAGUGAUGCUGAAGAGGAUUCACAUUUCUUAAAUAUGAUCAUUGGAUUGCUUGUUGAUGCACAGUUUACCAGUAUUGACGUACAGUUGGUUGUGCUGAUAAAGACACUUAUUGAUCCUGAGAAUAUAAUGACUGAUCCAACUGCUCAUACUGUAGAGAAGACUAUUUUCCUCAAUUAUUUUUACAGACAUUGCAUGCAUCGUUUGAUGGCUCCGCUCAUGUCACAGACGACAGGAGACAAAAUAAGUAAAGACACUGGUUCCAAUGCUGUCCUCCUCAGUCAUAUAUUGGAUUUGUUAACAGUGUGUGUUGAGAAGCAUUCUCACUAUAUCAGGAAAUACGUCAUAGACAAGAACCUCCUUGGGAGAGUCUUAGUCCUCAUGACAUCAGCUCAUCGCCAUCUCAUACUAGCUUCUUUGAGGUUCUGUCGCAAGAUUAUUGGUCUAAGGGAUGAGUCCUAUUAUCUUUAUUUGACCAAACACGAUCUCUUUGGCCCCAUCAUAAAGACGCUGGAGUCCAAUGGAGACAGGUACAACAUGGUCAAUUCGGCGAUUUUGGAAAUGUUUGAAUUUAUAAAAACUGAGAAUAUCACAACACUCAUUAUGUAUACAGUUGAGAAGUAUGCUCAGACUCUUCAAGGGAUAAAGUAUGUCUCCACAUUCGAGGCCCUCAAGCUCAAGUAUGAUCAGAAAGUGGAUGCAAAUUCUAAAGUAUCAGAAACACCAAAGGGUAUCAUUCAUGGGUCUGUGAACCGUUUUCGGCGUGACCCUCGUGAACUUGACGAAGACGAAGAGAGUUGGUUUAAUGAAGAAGAGGAAGCCAUCGUCUCAGAAAACGUUCCUCCAAGAUCCUCUCUAUCAUCACUUUCUCGACUCAGCCCUCCUGUUACUAAUUCUCUCUCUCCUCCUCCCACUUCUCCUUCUUCCCCUCCCCACAUUUCCUUUUAUCCUUUUGGUAAUUUGCCUCGUCCUAGACUUAUCCGUUCCACAUCGCCUGUCAUGCAACCAAAAGCCCCCUCUGCACUACACAGUCUUGUUGAUUAUGAUGAAGAUUCUGAUGAAGAGACUGGAGGUGAUGAAGACGAUGCUGGCGGCAGCAGUCCAGCCAAACGACAAAAACUGGAUGAUUCAUAAUCGCACUGUGCUUGCUCUCUUUUUACUCUUUCUCUCUUCCUCUUUAUAAAUUUCACUACUGGUUAUUAUUAUUAUUAUU